AUGAAGCUGUGUGUGAUGGUUCAGCUGUGCGCUCUGCUCACCCUCACCCAGGAGGCGCCUGGACGAGAAAAGUGUGCGUGUGAGCUGAGCAGCAGAGAGAAGCUAUUCCCUCACGAAAAACUCAGGAUUGUCAAAGCCAACGCAUCAGACUGCAACAGCAACAUCACCCCACAGAAGACGGUGGAGCUGGAGAGUCUGCUGCUGGGGCUGGAGCGCCGCCUUGCCCAGCUGCACAAAGAUGUGCAGGUCCUGGAGAAGGAGGAUGACGGGGAGCUGUACGGAGUCCUCAGCCUGUAUGUUAUAGAGAACGAAAUGACUGAGAUCAAACUGCUGAUCGACAAGCUCAACAGCACCACUCAGGGACACCAGCUCCUCACUGCUAACGCCUCUCAGCAGCUGCAGGCCCAGAAAGCAGAGAUGCUAGCGCUGCAGAAGUUCGACACCAUGCGCGUGAUCGAGGGACGACGAGUCAACAUCGACCUGAGUGAGAAAUUACUCAAGUGCAACAAAGACCUGAACACUACAGUCGCACCCACCGAGCCGCCACAGGGUACCUGUCCACGCAGCCGGCUUCUUAACGUCACCGGGCCAAGGGUCUACACAGCAGGAGAGUACCCUGGAUCAUACUCUUACGGAGCCUGGGGUCGUGAUCCCAGACCAGAGCAAGGCAAAGAGAGCUGGUAUUGGCUGGUGAUGAUGACUUCCAAUAACAGAUACGCCCACUAUGUUCGUCUUUACUCCAGUCUGAGCGCUCUCAUCAUCGGCGUGAGCGUCCCAGGUAACAUCCAGAUCCACUCCUCAAACCCAGCUACCAACACCAUCCAGGGUCCAAACAAUGUUCUGUAUGGAGGCGCUUUGUACUACAACUGUUACAACCAAGAUGCUGUUUGUCGAUUCAACCUCACCACCAAAGCUGUUACCACCUUACAACUGCCCAAAGGAACCAGAUAUAACUCCAAGGGUAACUUCUGCCACCUUGAAGAAUGUUACCCAUACACCGACCUGGACCUGGCAACAGAUGACUCUGGCGUCUGGGUGAUCUACACCACCAACCAGGACUACGGCAACUUGGUCCUGUCCAAGGUGGAGGAGGGGGAACCGCCGAAGCUCGGACAAACCUGGCGCACUUCAGUCUACAAGCAGGCAGUGACCAACACCUUCAUGGCCUGCGGCGUCCUCUAUGCCACACGUUACAUUAACAGGGGGAUGGAGGAGAUCUUUUACUCGUUCAACACCGUGACGGGGACAGAGAGGUUCAACAUCGGCAUCUUCAUCAACAAAAUGUCUCCCAACAUCCAAGCCCUGAACUACAGCCCUGUGGACCAGAUGCUACACGCCUACUGUGACUCCAACAUGGUUUCCUAUAAGAUGUUGUUCGGAUAAAUUGAUAUGUUGAUUCUUUUAUGCGAUAUUGAUUGCCAUAAAUGCCUGAAUUCAAAUAACUGCUCCAGAAAAGUUGGUAAAAGCUAUUCAGUCUGUACAGGAUUUUACAUGGAUUUUACAUCCCAGUGUAUUCGUGCAGUAUGCUAAUUC